AUAUCUAACCUCAUCCAUUUCCACAAAUGGGAUUUGGAGGCUGAGGCUGAAAGUAGUGACUGUGAGGGAGUAAUGAACAAACAGACGAAGGUGAAGGCGAGCCAAGGCCUCCUCUUCUCUUCUCAUCAUCUUCUCUUAGCUCUCUAUCUUUAACAACACUUUACUUCCUUUUCUCUCUCUGCUUAAAUAUUCAUAUUAAUGGAAGCUGCCAUUAAUUUGCUCUCUUCAUCUUCUUCAUUUCCUCCUAAGACACACUUCAGAAACAAUGCCUCUUCUUCUCCCUCUCCUUCAGUAUCCAUGUUAAAUGAACAAGCAUCUUUCUUCCCUCCCAUGCCCACGACUUCCUUGUUGAGACAGUUUCCUGCCUCUGUUCUUUCACAUGAGCAACGUGAGGAGUGCAAGCCAUCCACGUCGGCCUUUAGAGAAGAUAAAACAUGUCAGUUACUGUCCACCUUGGAGAGAAAGAAGAUUGAGCAUGAUGCAUCAUUCGAACAGCACACAGGAAUUGCUCUUCAAAACGAGAGGGAUCUUGAACAUCAGCUUUCCCAUUGGUCUGGUGUAUCACUCUUGUUGCCGUGCCUUGGACUUGAGGAACCAACCUCAGUUGCUGUGGCCAAGCCUAUUAUGGAUUCGAAAUCAUGUGACGUGAUUUCCCUUGCUGAGGAAGCUCUUUCAGCCUCAAAAGUAGCACUGUCAUUGUCUGAUGCAGUUGAUGCUGAUAUAGAUGAACCCCUUUCCUCUAGGUUGAGCGAUGCUCCAAGAGUGACGCCAAAAACUGUGAGGUCUUCUCGGCUUUUAGAAAGGAGAAAUAAGACACGAAGGUCACCGAAGCCUAGAGUAAAUCACGAGCUGGGUAGCUCUGGAAAAAAAGCUGAAUCAAGAAGGUUAAGUGAAGGAUACGAUUUAAAUGAUCCUCUUCGACUAUUUUUAUGGGGUCCAGAGACGAAGCAAUUGCUAACCAUACAAGAAGAAAAAGAAUUAAUUAAAGAGAUACAGGACUUGAAUAAACUAGUUGCUGUAAAGACAAAGCUAGAGUCUCAAUUUGAUCGUGAACCAACAUUUGUUGAGUGGGCUGAUGCUGUUGGGCUGAGUUCCGGGGCAUUGCAAUCAGAAGUACUAUCUGGGAAGAGAAGCCGGGAAAAAUUGAUCUAUGCUAACUUACGUAUGGUUGUAUAUAUAGCCAAACAGUACCAGAACCGUGGCCUCAGUCUUAAGGACUUAUUACAGGAAGGAAGUGUGGGGCUAAUGAAGAGUGUGGAGAAGUUCAAACCCCAAGCUGGUUGUCGGUUCCCUAGUUAUGCAUAUUGGUGGAUAAGGCAAGCAAUUAGGAAGGCCAUCUUUCAACAUUCAAAGACCAUACGUGUGCCGGAGAAUAUGUAUAGCCUCCAUGCCAAGGUCUUGGAAGCUAGAAGAUUAUUUAUCCAAGAAGGGCAUCAUCAGCCCACUACAGAAGAACUGGCGCUCCGUGUGGGAAUUACAGUUGAGAAACUGCGAAACUUGCUAGUUAUGAUGAGACAUCCUCUUUCGAUGCAACAACCAGUGUGGGCAGAUCAAGAUACCACUUUUCAGGAGGUCACUGCAGACACUAAAAUUGAAAAGCCUGAUGUUUUUGCAGAAAAGGAAAUGAUGAGGAAACAUAUACGUAGCCUUCUCUGUACUCUCGCUCCGAGAGAGGAACAAAUUAUCAAGCUGAGGUUUGGCAUUGGAUCAGGUUCUGGAAAAGGGUGUUCAUUAUCUGAGAUCGGAGUUAUGUUCGGUUUAUCCAAGGAAAGGGUCCGACAAUUAGAAAGUCGAGCACUGGACAAGCUUAAGGAAUCACUCAAUAGCCAUGGCUUAAAAGCCUAUACAGAUCUACUUUUGUAAAGCGAUUGGGCCUUUCGUCACCAUGUCGAUCCUUUUGCUUCUUAGUCUUCAUGUAAAUCAUGGUUAAAAUUUUACUGAUUAUUUUGCUACCAUUGUUGGUAAAUGGGUUUUCAUGUAAAUUAGACGUAAUCUUUGUAUCUAAUUUUUGCUUACAGAGUGUACAUAAAGUAAUCAACUACCUAUGUUUACCAAACUAUCUAUACCAUAUUAUAUUUCAUU